AUGGGAACGAAAGGGGAUACGUCUUUGAUGCCAACCCAUUUAAUCUCUCUUGCGGUGGUUAUUGUUUCUUUAAGCUUUACUUCAUCCACCGACGCCACCUACCCUUACUCAUCUCUACCACCUCCACCUAAGAAAUCCUCACCGUCAUUAACUAAGCAUCAUUAUGUUUACAAGUCACCACCUCAUCCUCGGUUUCAAAAGUCUCCUCCACCACCACCACCACAUAAACCAUAUGAAAACAAGUCACCAGAUCCACCACACAUACUUCCGAAUCCGCCUAAAACAAAGCCACCACCACCACGUACACCCGUGCACAACUCUUCACCACCACCACCACCACCGGUUCACAAGUCCCUACGACCUCCUACACCUAAAAAACCUUACGUGUAA